AGAAGGGUAUAGAACCAAACUCAUCAAACGAGUCCCAAAACUUUCUCUUCUCUAUAAUUUCUCAGUUAUCUGUUCUAAAUUUUCCGUUCCAGACCCACAAAUCUUUCCUAGCUACCAAACAUGGCAGGAAUAAUAUCACGUGCCACGCGGCAAGUGACUCGAACAUUUCAACGUUCACUUCCUGUACCUAAGUUCUUGCAGUCCGAUGAUGUUGCAAUAAUUAGCAAGGUUCAAGGAAUCCACAAACCUGAUGGUCGCCAAGUUGAUGUUCACAACUUACUCACUAUUAUUACCAAGAUCUUGCUUCACGACAAUCCCAGUGGUGAUGGUGGUGUUAUAAAUGGAACAUCUACAGGAAAUACUGAAGUACCUGCACAAAUUAUAAACAGGAUCUGUUGUGAGAUAUCAUGCAACUGCUCCGGUCGGAAUACUCAAGAAACAACUAUAAUCUUACUUGAAAAGUUUCUUUUAAACUAUUCGUGGGAUGCGAAGUUGGUGGUAAUGGUGGCCGCAUAUGCUGUCAACUAUGGAGAAUUUUAUCUGCUUACUGAUCUUUACACUAAACAUCCAGUUUCCAAGAAUAUAGCUUUGCUCAAGCAACUGCAAGAGGUAGUGGAAGAUGCUGAAUUAUUGGAACAAUUUUCUGGAGCAAUUAUUGACCUUAACAAGGCUAUGGUUGCCUUGAUUCGAUCUGUUCUCCUGUUCAAUACUUUACCUUCUGAGUAUCUUACAAGUAAUAAACCGCCAUUUUCAACUGCCAUAACUGAUAUUGUCCGAGCUGUUUAUUGGACAAUAUAUAGUGUUGUGACUUGUGCCUCUCAUAUUGAUGCCCUUAUUGGAUCGAAAAAUCAGCGUACCAUUGCUGCAACAAUGACAUGGGAACUGUCGGAACUGGCGACUAAAGUGAGCAGUAUUCAGGCAACCCUGCAAAAGAAUUUUGCUCGUAUUAAACAAGAAAUUGAUGGAUACAAUGUGCUGGUCAACCUUUUUGAGACUGUCCAAGACAUUACAGCAAUCUUCCAGGCCUUCUUCCACGUGGACGAUGGGAAGCUACCCCUUGUGGUGGGCACCACUAAGGAAGAGGUGAAAAUUGAGGCAUUAAGGCAUACAAAAGUUUUGCUGCUCAUUUCUGGACUUGACAUAUGGCAAGUGGAGAUUAAAGCUCUUGCUAAAUUGAACGAACAGCUCAAAGGAAAGCACAAUAUUCAGUAUCAACUAGUUUGGAUUCCAAUCGUGGAGGGCAAUUUGGAUGAACAGAAAUUUUUGUCUUUGCAAUCUCUGAUGUCAUGGUUUACCGUAAGACACCCUUCAUUUAUCAAACCGGAGGUUAUCAGAUACAUCAAGGAAGUGUGGAAGUUCUCGAAAAACGCAAUAUUGGUGCCGUUUGAUCAAAAGGGACAUGCAGAAUCUGUUCAUACUCUUGACUUCCUUUGGCUAAAAGGAUAUUUGCCUGGUCUACUCCCAUCAUCAUCUGCAAGGGAGAUAUCACCAUGGGAAGAGAAGCAGUUGACACUAGAUAUUCUUAUUCAUGAUAUUUAUCAUGUUGACUCGACAAAACCCGCACCAAUCAUAUGCCUUUAUGGAGGAGAAGACAUGAAAUGGAUUGAAGAGUUCAUUGCAGCAAUAACUCGUGUUGAAGAGUUCACCAAGUUGAACAUAGAAUUAGUUUAUGUUAGCAAGAGCAAUGCAAUCGAUGAAGCCAACAAAGAGAUUUUCGAUUUCAUUACUGCAAAGAAAAUUGGUGUGCAGUGGAAAGCAGAAGAAACAUACAGUUGGCGAUUCUGGACUAGAUUAGAAAGCAUUUUCUCUUCAGGGCUGAAAAAUGGAAAAAUUGCAAAACAAGACAAUAAAAUGAAAGAUGUGAUGACUUUGCUUAGCUUUAAUGGAAGCUAUAAGGGAUGGUAUGUGAGCAAGAGCAAUGCAGUCGAUGAAGCCAACAAAGCUAUUUUCGAUUUCAUUACUGCAAAGAAAAUUGGUGUGCAUUGGAAAGCGGAAGAAACAUACAGUUGGCGAUUCUGGACUAGAAUAGAAAGCAUUUUCUCUUCAGGGCUGAAAAAUGGAAAAAUUGCAAAACAAGACAAUAUAAUGAAAGAUGUGAUGACUUUGCUUAGCUUUAAUGGAAGCUAUAAGGGAUGGACUAUUUUUGGACAAUUGGGAUCUCAUCAGAAAAUUGCUAAAGCAACCGGGGAAGUUAUUCUGCAGAUUUUGCUAAAAAUAAAUACAUGGUGGAAACCUGGCACUAGUAUUGACUCUUUUCUUACAGCAAUUAACCACCAAAUCGAACAACAAAAUUCUGUCCAAGCACACCAUUGCAACCACAUUGUCCUCCCGGCGACCAUUCCCGAGAUUCCGGAUGAAUUGAUGACAUGUGCAAUAUGUGACCGGAAAAUGAGCAAGUACCUGAUGUACCGGUGUUGUAUUUAG